AGCGCUCGGCGUCGAGGGAUCGUCGUCGAGUGCGGAAGCGUCCUUAGAAGUCAGCUGGAGAGAGGCGGACGGCUUCCCUGCUGCUGUGUCCCGCAUUCCCGUUCUGUCCAUGAUCCUUCCAAGUACAGCCAUGGGAGGGAGGGAGAAGGAAUUAGCAAUACAUUUUACCCCAGGGAACGUGGAGUUAGUGGAGGAAAAUGUAUAUGUACCAUUCAGACGUGUUUUAGUCACUGGAGCCACUGGGCUGCUCGGGCGAGCCGUGUACAAGGAAUUCCACGACAAUGACUGGCACACCAUUGGAUGUGGACACAAACGUGCCAGACCCAAAUUUGAGAAGUGCAACUUGUUGGACCCACUGGCCAUUCGACAGCUGAUUCAAGAAUUCCAGCCUCAUGUUAUAAUUCAUUGUGCUGCAGAAAGGAGGCCAGAUGUGGUGGAAAAUCAGAUGGAUGCUGCCACACAGUUGAAUGUUGUCGCAUCUGCAAAUCUGGCAAAAGAAGCUGCUGGAAUUUUUUUAAUUUACAUCAGCACUGAUUAUGUGUUUGAUGGAAGAAAUCCUCCUUAUGCAGAAAACGACAGCCCAAACCCAUUGAAUGUUUAUGGGAAAACAAAACUAGAAGGAGAGAAAGAGGUCUUGCGACAUAAUAUAGGAGCUGCAGUUCUUCGAGUUCCUGUUCUAUAUGGUGAUGUAGAAAAAAUUGAAGAGAGCGCCGUCACUGUGACUUUCGACAAAGUUCAGAACAAUCUGGAAUCCUUUGCCAUCGAUCACUGUCAGCAGAGGUUCCCAACGUACACCAAGGAUGUAGCCAGAGUGUGUCGCCAGCUGGCAGAGAAGAGAUUACAAGAUUCAUCCAUAAGAGGCAUCUUUCACUUCUCUGGCAAUGAACAAAUGACCAAAUAUGAAAUUGCCUGUGCGAUAGCCGAUGCCUUCAACUUGCCCAGUAGCCACCUGAGGCCGAUAACAGAGCCAUCGGUGGAGUCAACAGCUCUUCGCCCACACAAUGCUCAGCUGAGCUGUUCUCGCCUGGAGAAUCUGGGAAUCGGACAAAGGACACCAUUUAAACAAGGCAUCAAAGAGUCACUCUGGCCCUUUUUAACUGAUAAAAGGUGGAGGCAAACAGUCUUCCAUUAGAAAAAAUAAAUUUAGCAAAGUAAUCAUUUUAUUUUUUUGUGAAGAAUCUGCACAUAUUUCAGAGGUAACAAAAAAAAAACAA